AUAUUAUGAGGAUGAUACAAGAUGGUGGUGGACUAUAUCAAACAACUAUAAAGAUAAUGCGACUAGUAAAAAUCAUAAUUCGGACAGUAUCUAUACAUAUAAUUCGUUAUAUCAAUAUGAUCAUAUUAUUUUCAAUAUAACAUCAAACCUUACAUUAUCUAAUAUCAAUCCUUCUCUCGUAAACUAUCUCAUAAUUAAUUUUACAAAAUUAAACUUCCAAGGUAGCGACAUUCCUGCUUGGUCAAAACAAAAUGCGAAUCCAAUAUCUGGUGGCCACUUGGUUUUAAUUGAAUUUUCUAUAAGACUUAAAAAUAUUUAUACUUCAAGGCUGUUUAGUAUAGAUGCUCAUGAAACAGAAGCUUAUGUUGAUGUUGAAAUUUAG